UCUUUGUUCAUCCCGUGAAUCAUCCCGCAAGAAACUCGACGAGAUUUUUUUUUCAACAUGACUUGUUUACAAAGGAAAAACAUCGGAGUCUCUCGUCCAUUUUAAACGGAGGUGUUUUUUUCUCAAUAACGCGAGGUCGAAUCUCAACGAUCGCCAGCCUUGAAUCAUAAUACGCCUGUCAUCGCGCUUUAUUAUUAUAACGCGCACUAAUUAGCGAAGCCGAAAUUGCGACACGCUCGCGUCCUUCGCGCAUGUAUUAUUUUUGUCGGACGGCGAAUAUCGGAAUCGACUCUUCCGAUGGCCUCUGAUCGUUUUUAGAAGCGUAUUUUCUCUCGCGACAUCUCGGCGUAAUGUGACGCGUGACAACCCGUCAUAUUCCUAGAGACAUUUGUAAGAUUGGCCUCGACGAAAACUAACAGCACGGAAUAUCAAUUUCGCGUGCCUAUUGUUAAUCGUCCCCGUGUGUCUGUUGUAAUAAAUGUUGCAAUUGGCUGGCCGUGUUCGUUUUCGCCGUGAGAUUAGCCGUUAGUGCGAUCAGCCACCGGAGUUCAUGUUCGGAUGUUUUGGCAGCUGAUUUCGCUCCCCCUUUCUCUCUCUUGUAACAGAGAAACGUUUGAAAAAAAUUUUUUCCCUUUCAUACUCGGCCGAAAAGGCUUGAAAUCUCGUCGCGUGCCUCGGUUUUUUCGCGCGUAUUAAGUGACCACGUGUUCCUUCGAAGUGGCUACCUCUCUUUCUGGGAUGCUUUAUUGGGAAAGCAUCAAGGAACGAUGACGUCAUAUCCUGAAACAUAAGCUAUUUUUCUCGUGGCAGUUGCGCGUAUCGAAUUUUCGGAGUAGCGAAUUUUUUUGCACCUCGUCGAGGUUUAUAUCGACCACGUGAUGGACAAAGAUCGAUUUUCUACGAUUUAAUUUCACCCAGCUACACGUGAAAACGUGCAGCAUAUAUUGUUCUAUCAAGAGAAAAAGCUUUAGAGAGAUUGCUUGUUGAUUUCUCACAACGAUGGAUUCAGAAGAGGAAACACUUUACGAUGACGUUGAUUCUGGUAAUGAAUCAAGUGGAGAUGAUGUUGACUUUGCUAUGGAAAUAGAAUCUGGUAACCCACGUGAACGAGCUACUGAUGUUGAUGAAUAUCCUUUUGAUGUGCUUUCUACGGAAGAGAUUGUACAGGACAUGGUUGAUUCAAUAAAGGAAGUCAACACUGUUGUCGAAAUACCAGCAACAACUACACGUAUUUUAUUAAAUCACUUCAAGUGGGAUAAAGAAAAAUUAAUGGAGCGUUUUUAUGACGGUGAUCAAGAAAAGUUAUUUGCCGAAGCACGUGUCAUUAAUCCAUUUAGAAAAGGUCCUUUAAUAAGUAGAAGUCGAUCUUCUCAAAGUUCUUUGUCCAAAAGAACGACAAAUGGGACAGAAGAAUGUGGAAUCUGUUUUAUGAUUCUACCAUCUUCGAUGAUGACUGGUCUUGAAUGUGGACAUCGUUUCUGUACUGGUUGCUGGGGAGAAUAUUUGACUACUAAAAUUAUGGAAGAAGGAGUUGGACAAACAAUUGCAUGUGCUGCUCAUGCUUGUGACAUUUUAGUAGAUGACGCCAGUGUUAUGCGGCUUGUCAAAGAUUCCAAAGUUAAAUUAAAAUAUCAACAUUUAAUCACAAACAGCUUUGUCGAAUGCAAUAGGUUAUUGAGAUGGUGUCCUUCUCCCGAUUGCAAUAAUGCUGUUAAAGUACAGUAUGUAGAAGCAAGACCAGUAACUUGUAAAUGUGGACAUAUUUUCUGUUUCCAUUGUGGUGAAAAUUGGCACGAUCCUGUAAAGUGUCAUUUACUCCGAAAAUGGAUCAAAAAGUGCGACGACGAUUCCGAAACGUCAAAUUGGAUUGCUGCGAAUACAAAGGAAUGUCCUAAAUGCAAUGUUACGAUCGAGAAGGAUGGUGGAUGUAAUCACAUGGUUUGCAAAAAUCAGAAUUGUAAAACUGAAUUCUGCUGGGUGUGUCUUGGUCCCUGGGAACCACAUGGUUCUAGUUGGUAUAAUUGUAAUCGCUACGAUGAAGAAGAAGCUAAAGUAGCUAGAAAUGCACAAGAAAAAUCCAGAUCAGCUUUACAGAGAUAUUUAUUUUAUUGCAAUAGAUAUAUGAAUCAUAUGCAAUCACUAAAAUUUGAGAGUAAAUUGUAUGCCAGUGUAAAGGAAAAGAUGGAAGAAAUGCAACAGCACAAUAUGUCAUGGAUUGAGGUACAAUUUUUGAAAAAAGCAGUCGACAUUUUGUGUUCCUGUAGACAGACUCUCAUGUAUACUUAUGUCUUUGCUUAUUACGUGAAAAAGAAUAAUCAAUCUGUGAUUUUUGAAGAUAACCAAAAGGAUUUAGAGAGUGCCACAGAAUGCCUCUCUGAAUAUCUUGAGAGGGAUAUCACGAGUGAAAAUCUUGCAGACAUUAAACAAAAGGUUCAGGAUAAAUAUAGAUACUGCGAUAGUCGAAGGAAAGUGCUUUUAGAACAUGUACAUGAAGGGUAUGAGAAAGAAUGGUGGGAUUACAAGGAAUAGAGAAUCUUUAUUUAGUUUCAUUUCUUGGGGUGUGACACACGAGUUCUCUUCCUUCCCACCUCUGCCCCAGCUGUGAUAAACUGAAAAAGAAAGAACUAAUGACAAGAGACAGAAAUAGAGUAUGUUGUGUUACAAAGUGAUAAAUGUACAGUAUGCACUUUAUACAUAAUAUGCUCUGUGGUCACACACAUAUAUUAUCAUUUAUGAUAAAUAUUGAACUCGAAAUAUUAAAAUUCAAAUCCAAUUACCAACAAGUUAGUUGGUCAAUAUUUUAAUUUGCGCUUGCUGUGUGUUGUACAUCAUUAUAGAUUCUUAAUCUUUGAUGAAAAUGCCCCCAUUGUUUUAGAUAAUGGUAAGAAUAUUAAUUAUAUUCGUUAAGACGAACAACAUUGCGCAUCAUUAUUGGUCAAAUAUUAUUAAUAUAUGUUUAGUGAUAUCUUAAAAUAACUCGGCUAAAAAAUUUAAUAUUUUAAUGUAUUUUACUGAUGUUAAUCAAUUGAAAUUUUUGAAUACCGA